AUGAGUGAUCAACCAUCCGAAGAAAUCUACUCCUAUCGGUGGCCUGCGACAGGUGAACUAUUUCCCGUUGAUAACACUGAAUCGAUUUCAUCUAUUUCAACCAAUCCAUUUGAAAUCAGCACUGUUGUAGAAAGUCCUGGGGAUAGUUCUCAGCGAGUUUUACCGCAUUUUGCCGAUGCUGUGUUUGGAGAAAAUCCAGCAUUUCCAUAUCUGUCCUUAGCAAAAAACACGAAAUAUGCGUAUCACGAUGAAUGCACACAUCUCUGGAUUGUAUUACUCUUAGGUGAAAACAUGUUUGACUCAUCGAAUGGUUCCAGUGCCUUCCUUUUCGAAGCGGGCAAUGCCAGGGGUUUUUGUGACUACUAUAAUCGUGUAAAGAACCCAAGUACCCCUGGCAUGUCGGUGAAUACCCGAUCCUAUCUGCAUUACCGCGAAGAAACUGGAUCAGAAAUCGACUACCCGGUCCAGAGACCGAUCUACAGACGUCAGCGCAUAUCUCGGAGUCUGUACAACUCGUACCCCGGAGUGGCGACUUCAUCCAGCCAACCAUUUGUUGGUGAUGAUCAUGAGUGUGCGUGUUUCUCGGAUCGAAUCGACCGCAUUCCCCCCGUCUACAAGGCGCGGGAGCCCUCGGAGUUCUUCCCUGGCUCGCCUUCUCUCUCGAGCCCGAGCCUUGACUCGGUUCCUUCCUGCUCGGCGUACGGGCCUCCGCGUCGCUCGCUGCGUUCUGCGAACUCGACCUCGCGGAUCCUAGCGAGAACGGCCUCAGAAAUGCAGUACGAAGGGAUGAGUCCAAUGGAUCGAAUGGAUCGAAUGGAUCGAAUGGAUCGAAUGGAUCGGAUGAACUUGAUGGAUCGUGCGGGGUCGCCGCCUCCUUUGCUGAAUCGAACGGGAUCGCGGCAUGGCGUGCCCAUCGAGAAACGCCGAUUCCUCGACUCCACCGGCUCCAUCGCCUCCACCAGCUCCCUCAAUUCCAUCGGUCCAAUGGGUCCAAUGGGUCCAAUGGGCCAAAUGGGUCAAAUGGGUCAAAUGGGUCAAAUGGGUCAGAUAGGUCCAAUGAGUCAAUCAAAUUCAAAGAAUUCCAACUCUAUGUCCCAAAUGUCCCAAAUGUCCCAAAUGUCCCAAUUGCCAGCCACGACCCCCAUGGCCGGGUCGCCUCUUUCCAAUUCGCUGGCUGCGCGGAGUUCCAAAUCUCCGCUGCCUCGCAAAAGCUCCGCGCACCGCAGCGACACCCCACUGCCGCCCGGCGAGAACAAUCCGCACGCGAUCCCCGGAGGCAAUCUGUGCUUCGAGUACAUGAACCAGGGCAGAUGUCACCGAAUGGAGAGUGGACAUAUCUGCCGGUUCCGUCACCUCGUUCCGAACCAUCCGGACGCGAUCGCGGAUCGGUAUCGGAACGGGCUGCUGAGCGAGGAGGAAAUCCGGAAGUUUCAAUUGCGACCCUGCGACCCACUCGAAACCAAUCCCUUUGCUCCCAGAGAUGCCAAGAUCUGCUUCGAUUUUUUGAAUAAGCAUGUAUGCAGUCGCAAUCAGGAGAUGAGAGUGUGUCGGUUUCGUCAUUUGCUGCCGGGACAUCCUGAUGCGAUACGUGAUCGGACGAAGUCUAUGAUGUCAUAGAAGCUUCGUAGGCCUAGUGUGUGAGUGUUUGCGUUUUGGGUUAGUAUUGUGUC